UCCUACAACUUAAUACACAAAAACCAUCAUUCUAGUUUUCCUCUAAAGAUCACUAAAGAAAACUCAAAAGUAAGUAAAAAAAAAAAAAGAUGAACUCCAUGAAGGCUCAAUUAAUGGCACUUGCUCUGAUUCUAAUUUUUACACUGAGAUGCAAUGGAGGAAUCACAAGCUCAUUCACAAGAAAGCCCCACCCAUCCAUUGAUAUGCCAUUUGGAAGUGAUGUUUUCAAGGCUCCUCCAGGCUUCAAUGCUCCUCAACAGGUUCAUAUAACACAAGGGGACUAUGAAGGAAAGAGUGUUAUAGUUUCAUGGGUAACUCCCAAGAAAACAGGGUCCAAUCUUGUUCUUUAUGGCAAAGCUAAUGACAAACACAAACUAAUUAGUGCCCUUGCUAAGGUCACUACCUAUAAGUAUUACAACUAUACUUCUGGUUUCAUCCAUCACUGCACCCUCAAUGAUUUGGAGUAUAACACAAAGUAUUUCUAUAAGAUUGGAAGUGAGGACUCUAGUCGACAGUUCUCAUUCAUUACUCCACCAGAAGUUGGUCCUGAUGUACCCUAUACUUUUGGACUUAUAGGUGAUCUUGGGCAGACAUAUGAUUCAAACCAAACACUGGAACAUUAUCAUUCAAAUCCAAAAGGACAAGCAGUGUUGUUUAUUGGAGAUUUAUCUUAUGCUGACCAUUACCCACUGCAUGACAAUAGAAGGUGGGAUUCAUGGGGGAGAUUUACAGAGAGAAGUGCUGCUUAUCAGACUUGGAUUUGGUGUGCAGGAAAUCAUGAGAUGGAUUUUGCACCAGAAAUUGGAGAAACUAGACUAUUCAAGCCAUACAUGCAUAGAUAUCCAGUUCCAUACAAAGCCUCAGGAAGUACAUCUCCUCUUUGGUAUGCUAUUAAGCGCGCAUCGACACACAUCAUUGUUCUUUCAUCUUAUUCAGCAUUUGGGACAUACACACCACAGUAUGAAUGGCUUCAAACAGAGCUAACCAAAGUGGACAGAACUAAGACUCCAUGGUUGAUUGUUAUUGUUCACAGUCCAUUGUACAAUACCAACAAUUACCAUUAUAUGGAAGGAGAAGGCAUGAGAGUCAUGUUUGAGUCCUGGUUUGUGGAAAACAAGGUUGAUAUUGUGCUUUCUGGCCAUGUUCAUAGCUAUGAGAGAAUGGAACGUGUAUCGAACAUUGCUUAUAAUAUAAGUAACAAGAAAUGCACUCCAGUUAAGAGUGAAGAUGCACCUGUUUACCUUAACCUUGGUGAUGGGGGUAACAUUGAAGGAUUAGCAGCAGAAUAUAUUCAGCCACAACCAAGCUAUUCAGCAUUUCGAGAGUCAAGUUUCGGGCAUGGAACACUGGAGAUAAAGAACAGGACUCAUGCUUUCUAUUCAUGGCACCGAAACGAUGAUGGAGUUCGAACUGUUGCUGAUUCAGUGUGGUUCUACAACAGAUACCAUCGUCCUUCUGAAUGAGUGUUUUACAUAUGUUUGCCUAUUUUUAUAAGAA